GUUAGACCGAGCUCAACAGACAGACUGUAAAGAUGGAAGAGGAGAUUAACUAUGCUUCAGUUGUAUUUAAAACUAGGACCAACUCCCGACCUCAAGCUCAAAAAGAGGAAGAAACUGUGUACGAUGAGGUGAAGGUGCCGCAGAGAAAACCAGAAAAAGCAGCUGACACAAAUGUAUUGUUGCCAGACCAGAAAGCCACCAACAAACAUCGCCACUAUCAGCUGAUGGCUUGCUGUUUGGUGAUUUUUUGUGUAAUUUUGCUGUUCGGCACCAUAGCAGUCAGUGUCUACUUUUCUUUGUAUUAUCAUGAGAAUAAUGUAAGAGAGCUGGAGCAGUUAAAAGAAAACCAAACAACUCUACUGGAGAUCAAUCGCAACCUGACAGACCUUAACGACAAACUCAGCUCAGAAAAUGAAAGAUUGACGAGAGACAAAGAUGAUCAGAUAGUCAUCAUUGGAAACCUGACACAGAAAUAUAAUGUCUCAGAAUUGAAGAUCGAGAAGCUAACUGAGGAAACCAAGAAACUGACUGAGGACAAGCAGCAGCUGGAGACACAAAACCAGCAGCUGAAGACAGAGAACAGCUUAACAGAACAAAUACGAAACAUAGAGAACAACGUUACUGUCGUCCAGCACAUCUAUGAUACCUACUGCCCAAAACCGGAAAAAGGAGACAGACAGUGUAAACCUUGCCUAGAUGGCUGGGAACACCACCAGUCCAGCUGUUAUGUAAUCAAUGACCCUGAUACUGCUGGUCAGAAAACCUGGGAGGAAGCUCAACAGAACUGCAGAGGAAAGAAUUCAGACUUGGCUGUAAUAGUUAAUGAAGAUGAAAAGAAAUUCAUCAGUGAUAACAGUUGGUACAAAAUAGGACUCGCUGGCUACUGGAUUGGACUGAGAGCUGAAGCAGGGAAAUGGAAGUGGAUCAAUGGAAGUGAUCUGGCUGAAAAAUCCUGGAUGACACAACCUGCUAACAACGGCACCUGUGCAAUUUCUGUCCAAAACCAAGGAUGGAAAUCAGUGACUUGUGUGGAAGCAGGUUUACAGGAGCUCUGGUUCAGGGUCACUUUGAUUAUGCUGCCACCUCGUGGUACAAACGACUAUUGCAGCUUUUGA